AUGCGUCCUACUCCUCUCGCACUGCCAACUUUCUUGUUGACAGUUGGCUUCGACCAGCCGAAUCCAACCGCAACUCCGCCACCGCUUCCAUCGGACGCUACGCCUUGGAUACCCCGUGCCAAAUGCCUACAUCGAAUGGGUGACGCCAUCAUCGCUGAAACUCAUUGCGGUGACAAAGAGAUAUUGCGACCAUGUUUUCUCGAUGCGCCUAGUAAGCUUCCGGAAGGCUACAUCACUCAAUGCUUGCUGGAUGCUGGUUGCGGUACCGGUCACGCCAGCAUGGAGGACUUGUGGAUCACCGUUGCUUGUCUUCGAACAUUCGGCAACGACUGGAUCCAUCUUGAACAUCCCGAUGAUCAUGACGCAGAGUCGAAACUGGGCUACGAUGAUCUGAAGCUCAAGCGGGAAGAUAUCCUUGCUAGUGAGUACUGUUUCAGCUCGAUCGCAGCCUAG